AUGUCUGACGUAACAGCGUCUACAAUGAAAAAAUAUGAUGGUUUGGAACAGGGAGUUAUAGUUUUGGAGAAAAAACAUAAACUCAAGUCAUCAGGUGGACUUGGGUAUCCAGGACUGGACAUUAAUCCAAAUGUUAGAAUAAUAGAACCAAAACCAACAGAUGAUGUAUUAAUUGGACGAACAUGGUUAGGACGCAUUUCCCCCCAUCCCCCCGGGGGCCCGCCCACCGCCCCGCCCAGGCCCACCAUCAUCCGCCCGGGGCGCCAAAAGGAGAGUAACUUCGCGCGCGAGCCUGCGCGUGUGUGGUGGCCGAAGCGCGCUUGCGCGCGAGCCCCCCCCCCCUGGGGGAACCGACUACCGCCCCACCCUCCGAACCCCGCCCCCCACCAUCAGGGCCACACCCACCGCCCCACCCUAAGGACCCCGCCCACCGCCUCACCCUCAACUCCCAACACUCGCGCAUGCACGCCCCCACCCCCAUUGCGCGUGCGCGCCCCCGCCACAUUCCCACCACUCGCGCAUUCAUGUAUAUACCCCAAAGAGAGCACUCCUCAACAUUCAGUACAACGACUCAAGUCAACGAUAGCAGUCCAGUCCACUCCAGCUCAGUCCAGAGCAGUCAACCAGCAGAAUUUUGAAAUGGUAUCCAACACACAGGAAAUCAGCAACGCUGUGCCAUCGAUCAUACCGGUGGUCAAGGAGAAGGCAGCAACUUCGAGCUGUAGGGGGCGAUCUCUCAGCCCUGAGUUAUUCGAGGCGGACAGGGUUGUGAAGAAGGUCAGCCGACAACCUACAGCUAGGCCGGAGGUCAGGGAGAAGGCAGCAACUUCGAGCGGUAGGGGCCGAUCUCUCAGCCCUGACUUAUUCGAGGAGGAGGACAGGGUUGUGAAGAAGGUCUGUCGACAACCUGCAGCUAGGUCUGGUCCUAUUGAAAAGUACAGAGUUGCUUGCAAUAGGACUAAUCCUUAUGCAGGUAGUUGGCCAACCGCUCGUAAGAGCUUGAGACCCUCCACGCCGCCGGCAGCAGUAGUGGAAACACCGAGGGCGACUUCUCCGGAGGAGCCCGUCGUAUUGACUCCGUUGGCGGUGCCGCUUUCGCCGCUGCCAGCAACACCGGCGAAUCCUCAAGUGUUGGUGCCAUAA